CACUGGGUGGGCCUACAUCCUGCUGGUGAAACAGUAAAAGGCACAGAUUCUACUGCCUUUGGGAUACAGUCCUGCAUUACUUCAAAUACUAAAAGUUUUGGUGAAUUUCAUUACAAACUUUGGGAGGAACAAUGCGUUUUUGCACAAAUAUCCGUCCUUCCAUCGCUCUGCCAGUUCUUGGAAUCCUACUUUUUGGAGUCCUGGUUUUAACAUAUUGUUACUCAUCAUUUGGUGAGAUGAAAAAUAAGGACGUCAGAGUUCUAGAAGUUUUGGGGUUGUGUCAGCAGGACCCUGUUAAUUUCAGGCGGGAAAACUGUAGUUGUAGGACCCGGGACAUGCUGGCCCCACAGGGACUCCUGUAUAAGCAGCCCAGUGUGUUAAAGGGGCGCACCAAUGUGGUAGCUGUUACCCCUUGGUUGGCACCUAUUGUCUGGGAAGGCACUUUUAAUCCCUUGGUUGUUGACAGCAUUUACAAGCCUAUGCACCUCAGCAUCGCCACAACCGUAUUUGCUGUUGGCAAGUAUGUGCGCUUCCUGCGUGACUUCCUGGAGACUGCCGAGAAGCAUUUCAUGGUGGAUUUCAAAGUGCAUUACUACAUCUUCACUGACCGGAGGGAAGACGUGCCAGCGGUGGUCCUCGCUCCCGGUAGACAGGUAACCAUCAUCCCAGUCACUGGCUCCAACCGCUGGCAGGAGAUCUCCUCCAGGAGGAUGGAGAUGAUCCAGACCACCAUCGAGAACCAGAUAAGCAAGGAGGUGGACUACAUCUUCUGCUUGGAUGUGGACACAAAGUUCUACGGCCGGUGGGGGGCAGAAACACUGAGCAGGCUGGUGGCCGCACUUCACCCGGGUUACUAUGAGCAGACCCACGAGCACUACCCUUACGAGCGCCGUCCUGCCUCGCGGGCCUACAUCCCCGCGGGGGAAGGAGACUACUACUAUGGAGGCGCCACCAUCGCUGGCUAUGUGGGGGACGUGCACAAGCUGGCAAAGUACUGCCGUGAGCAGCUGGAGGCCGAUGCCGCCAACUCCAUCGAGGCAGCAUGGCAGGAGGAAAGCCACCUGAACAGAUAUCUCCUUUACAACAAGCCCACUAAGAUUCUGUCUCCAGAAUACCUGUGGCAGGACUUCAAGGCCAAGACCAACGAGGUGCAAAUAAUCCGCUUUUCUCAGGUCAACAAGAACUACGCAGAGGUUCGGCCCAAUGUAAAGAAAAGAAAGUAAUGCUGUGGCCAUUGUUGCACGAAGAUUCAGGAUCUAGGCCAGGGAGGAGGAUGCUGCUGUUUGUAUACAUUGAAGGUGGCCGGAUCAGUAAACAAGCUUAAGUUGUUCUAUUUUUCUCUCAAUUAGUUUAUAUCCUUUGCCGCUACAGAUGUAUUAUAGACAUGAAGGGCUGUUUGCAUGUAGAAAUGUUUGUUAUAGGAGCAGAAGUGUGGGUAGAGGGUGAGUUUGGGAAAUGGAUGUGCAAUUAAAAAUGAUAAUACAUA